AAAGUCUUUGCCCAACCCCCUCAAAAUCGUACGUGGUUCUUGCGUAAAAUCUUUGCGACACUCUGCAGGUUCAAACAUGGCGGCGUCUAGGCUUGAAAUCAAUUUUAUUAGGUUAAUGUCGCGGUGCGAAUCUAUCGCUUCAGAAAAGCGUGUGGAAACGGAAUGGAGACUAGAGAAGUAUGUUGGUGCGCUAGAGGAAAUGUUGGUGGCCCUCAGGAAGAGUCCAAGCAAACCAACGCCUGAAGUCUUGACAGAUUACACUCGAAAGGUAGACUUCCUGAAAGGGCUGUUGGAAGCCGAGAAACUGUCAUCCUCUGCUGAAAAGGCAUUGGCUAACCAGUUCCUGGCCCCGGGAAGAACACCUACUAUUGCUAAUGAGAGAAUGCCUGCCAGCAAGACCGUUCACAUGCAGACCAAGGCCCGAUGCACAGGAGAGAUGCGCAAUGAGCUGAUGGGGAAGGGAUCCUCAGGCGCAGAUCCCUCUGAGUCAGAUCUGCGACAAAGAAGAGCAUUGCCUUUGGAUGAGAGGCAGUCCGCUGCUGAGCUGGACUCCAUCCUCCAGCAACAUCACAACCUGCAGGAGAAGCUGGCCGAGGAAAUGCUGAAUCUCGCCCGCAACCUGAAGAACAACACGUUGGCACAGCAGAACAUAAUAAAGCAAGACAAUCAGACUCUGAGCCAGUCUAUGCGGCAGGCCGACAACAACUUCGAGAAGCUGAAGACCGAGUCGGACCGUCUGGAGCAGCACGCCAAGAAGUCCGUCAACUGGUUCCUGUGGCUCAUGCUGGUCCUCGUGUCUUUCACCUUCAUCAGUAUGAUUCUGUUCAUAAGAAUCUUCCCCAAACUCAGAUGAUGACCCGUCUCAGCCGACGCCACUUAGGUAGAAUCAUAUUUGGGAAUUUCCGUUUACACGCGAAGCACGUGUGGACGUGCACACAUAGAAAAAAUAAAACAUUGUCUGUAUUUAUUUAAACAGAGGAGAGAUGAAGCAGCUGAUGCAGUUGUCUUGAUCAGAUAAGAUAUGAACAUGAUCAGUGAGAGCCUUAAUCUACACAGAGGGCUGUCCGCUAGCCGUCUGCUGUGGCGCACAGCCCUCCUCACCAUUUGGACUAAACUGCACUGUCAUCGCAACGCAUAAUCUCAUUCCUCUCCUUAAAAUAUGUUGCAGAUGCCAGAGCACAGCACAGCACGGCACAGGGCGAUUCCGCUCUCGUUUCCACAUCUUUCUCUCGUCGUCUCAUUUUCAGUCCUGUGUGUGUGAACACUGAAGUUCGUGCAUAACUUGUCCAGUUUGUGUUAUUUAUGCAGUCAUGGGAUGUGGUAUUGUAGUCGUCUGGGUUUUGUUUUUCGGGGGGGGGGGGGGGGGCUGUUUGUUUGUUUGUUUGUUUGUUUGUUUGAUUUUUCUCGAAAGCCUUAUCAUGCAUAGAUGGACGGUUGACUUUGUCAGUAUGUUGGCGUAAAUUUUACAUGUGGGAUUUCCCUGUCUUGGCAUCCAAGACUUCUCCUUUAAUUGAGGGUUGUGCAUUGCUGUCCCUCAAUGAUGUUUACCACUGCAAAAUGACUCUUGUUCAUGGUGCCCCCUGGUGGAUAUUUAGCAUUCCUGCAUGUUCCUGCGGAACCUGUGAUGUGUAAAAGCAAUAGAAAAUGAAAAAGAACUAACAGUGUAUUAGGCUGCAGAGAUCACCCCUAAGUGUAAUAAUGACCGACCGUAACUAGACUCGGAGACCACAGAGAGAGCGAGAGAGACUCUCUUCUCUGUCUCCAUGUGUCUUAAAUGGUCUCAAACUAAACUGUUGCAAACGGACUAUUUUCGGAGCAGUCCGGCCUGUCCAGGCUUGUUGUUAAACAAAGUUUAGUUGGAUGAGUGUCUGUAGUUUGGAGGCAUGUGUUUCUUCCAGGUAUGUCAAAGACCAGAGUGUGUAUGUGUGUAAUAGAAAUACUUACCCUCCUGAAGCUUCCCUGUAGUUUCUUUGACAUGCCAAGAUUAGUUUUAAUCCCCAGCAUCUAUUCGUGUUUGUCAUUUGGGAGUUUUUGAUGGAUUGUCUGUCAUGCUAAAUUCCUCAUUUUGAUUCAGAGAAAAGUUAUGCAGAUCUGUUUAAUGGAAGAAUGAACCAUGUCUUUUAAGACCUGUUUUCUAAAAAAGACAUUUCUUCCUUGCUUAUUGUCACUGUGAUUUUUCAAUUUCUUCCCAAUCAUCACCCAUAUCCGAAAUGGUCUCCUGAGGAAUUUUGUGGAAGACAAGGAGAAAACUUCCUCUGUCCUUGUAGAAAAUAACUAUAUGAAGUGUUUUAUUUUAAUAAAAUAACUUUGAAUCAG